UCUCAUAAUUCAAUUUUCUGCUUUCUCAAUUUCUCCAAAUUUUAGUUCAGUAAUGGCACUUGAAGCAUUGAAUUCUCCUUCUACUAUGGCUCCAACUCUGGCGUUUCAGUUCGAAAACGCCACCCUACGCUAUCUCGAGCCAUGGAUGAAAGGCAAGAGAUCGAAGCGUCAACGCAGCGUCAAACGCCAUUAUCAGCCCACUGAAGAAGAAUACUUAGCUCUCUGCCUUAUUAUGCUUGCUCGAGGUGACGACGGUUCAGCAUCAAAACCCGUCGCCAUUCAGCAGCAAAAGCAAACUAGUCUUCUACCACCACCGCCACACCUGAUCAAAUCUGAUGAUUCGAUAAAAUUGGUGUACAAAUGUUCAGUUUGUGAUAAAGCUUUUGGGUCUUACCAAGCUUUGGGAGGGCACAAGGCCAGCCAACGGAAACUGAGUUGUUCGAGUGGAGGAGACGAAUACUCCACCACCACCUCCUCCUCCUCUGUUGUCGCCAUCAUUGCUUCAGCCACCUCCACGAGUGCAAGCAACCGCAGUGGGAGGGUCCAUGAGUGUUCCAUCUACCACAGGUGCUUCCCCACCGGACAAGCCUUGGGGGGUCACAAAAGGUGCCACUAUGAAUGUGGUGUCGCUGUCGGCAGAGAUGGAGGAUUGGGGAAGAUGAAGGAGGAGAUGGGUUUUUUUCCCCCCUUUUUAAUUGUUUUUUUAAUAUUAAAAUUAUAGAGUUACAAUUUUACCCUUA